UCAAUAUUAAGAUUGUCGUGUCCCCCAUCUCUCUACGAGAGCCACACAAGAAAUCGCUCCCUUCGACUUCGAUCUAAACACAGCACAAAUCGAAGGCGUCUCUUUCAAAACCCUCCCUCCAUCGGAUCAAUCUACCCUCCUCACACGUCAAAUCUGCUUCCUCUUCCUCUUGGUCGUGGUUGUGGUUGUGGUCGAUCACCAUCAACCAACUUAACUAAUCGAAGGACAAGCUCUUUUAUAGCUGAAUAUGGGGGUUACGAAAAACACUACCAGCAUGGAGGAGGCAACACUUGAAAUUGGAAUGGAAUAUAGAACUGUCUCUGGAGUUGCUGGACCACUAGUUAUCCUUGAUAAAGUGAAGGGACCAAAGUAUCAAGAGAUUGUCAAUAUUCGUUUAGGUGAUGGUUCAACCAGACGUGGUCAGGUCUUGGAAGUUGAUGGAGAGAAAGCUGUUGUCCAGGUUUUCGAAGGAACAUCUGGAAUUGACAAUAAAUUCACAACUGUUCAGUUCACUGGGGAGGUCUUAAAAACUCCUGUUUCAAUGGAUAUGCUUGGGCGCAUAUUUAAUGGCUCUGGGAAGCCAAUUGAUAAUGGCCCUCCUAUUUUGCCAGAGGCCUACCUGGAUAUUUCUGGAAGUUCUAUCAAUCCUAGUGAGAGAACAUAUCCAGAAGAAAUGAUCCAGACUGGUAUCUCCACAAUUGAUGUGAUGAAUUCAAUUGCUAGAGGACAAAAGAUUCCUUUGUUUUCUGCUGCUGGGCUUCCUCACAAUGAGAUUGCUGCUCAAAUCUGUCGUCAAGCUGGUUUAGUCAAGCGAUUGGAAAAGACUGAAAACUUGCUUGAGCAGUCGGGUGGAGAAGAGGACAACUUUGCCAUUGUUUUUGCAGCCAUGGGAGUGAACAUGGAGACUGCACAGUUUUUCAAACGUGAUUUUGAGGAAAAUGGCUCCAUGGAAAGAGUGACACUUUUUCUAAAUCUUGCCAAUGACCCUACAAUUGAGCGUAUCAUCACUCCCCGUAUCGCUUUGACAACAGCAGAAUAUUUGGCAUAUGAAUGUGGGAAACAUGUUCUUGUUAUCUUAACAGAUAUGAGUUCUUAUGCUGAUGCUCUUCGUGAGGUGUCUGCUGCUAGAGAGGAAGUGCCUGGAAGGAGAGGGUAUCCUGGGUAUAUGUAUACUGAUCUGGCAACUAUCUAUGAGCGUGCUGGAAGAAUUGAAGGCCGAAAGGGCUCCAUCACACAGAUUCCAAUUUUGACUAUGCCCAAUGAUGAUAUUACACAUCCCACCCCUGAUCUUACGGGUUAUAUCACUGAAGGACAGAUAUACAUUGACAGGCAGCUCCACAACAGACAGAUUUACCCUCCGAUCAAUGUGCUUCCAUCCCUAUCUCGAUUGAUGAAGAGUGCUAUUGGUGAAGGGAUGACUCGUAGGGACCAUUCUGAUGUCUCCAAUCAGCUAUAUGCAAACUAUGCCAUUGGAAAAGAUGUCCAGGCCAUGAAGGCAGUGGUUGGAGAAGAAGCUCUCUCUUCUGAGGAUCUGCUGUACUUGGAAUUUUUGGACAAAUUUGAGAGGAAAUUUGUGGCACAAGGAGCAUAUGACACACGAAACAUCUUCCAGUCACUGGACUUGGCAUGGACACUUCUGAGAAUCUUCCCACGUGAGCUUCUCCACCGUAUUCCCGCCAAGACCCUCGAUGCCUUCUACAGCCGUGAGGCAACCAACUGAAAGGAAAGGAGUAGUUAUUUGUUGGACGACCUUUUUAUCGAUGAAAUAAGAAAAAGGUUUUUUGUUUUUUUUUUUUUUUUAUUUGUCUGUGGUUUGAUUUAUUAUGUUGAAAGCCUCGGCUAAUGAUUCUUUUGCAUAAGAGGCAGGGGGGUAGGCUAUGUAAUUUAUGGUAUUUAGUGGCUACUACGAGAGAGACUAUUAGCUGUGGAUUUGUGUUUUGGGAAACAGCCCUGCCCUUAUUAUUCCUUCGUUUCUGUUUACUUUAUUCAUAUUGUUAUUGUUGUAUUGGAUUGUUUUGUGCUCGUUCACGAAUGCAACUUAUUUGUUUCUGUUUC